UUCCCCUUCGCGCUCUAACCAGUCCAUCGCCUCUCUCUGUGGGUUCGCAAAUCAAUGCCGUUUUCUCUGCUAAAAAUCUGUUAAGGCUGAUAGGUUCAUUGACCUCAUGAAUCUCACGACAAUUCAUUUUCGAUUUCUUGCCAAACGGAAUUUGGUUUUGUACCCAAGUAAGUAUGGUUUUGGUUCCCAACUUAGAUUCUGGAGGUCGGGGGCAGAAGGCGAUAUCGUGUCUUUUAGGACAGAAGAUUUUCGUCAUGACUAUCUAUUUGGAUCCCCCGUGAUUUCCACGCGUGGCCACCUUGAGCAGGCUCUUUCACUGUUUUACUCUAGACAGCCUCAUUCCUUCCAGACCUAUGCAUAUCUCUUCCAUGCUUGUGCACGCCUCCGCUGCCUCCGGGAAGGUGCGGUACUACACCGUUACAUGAUGUCCCUGGAUCCCAUGGGCUCAUUUGACCUCUUUGUUACCAAUCACCUUAUCAACAUGUACUGUAAAUGUGGUCAUUUAGACUAUGCCUACCAAUUAUUCAAUGAGAUGCCUAGGAGAAACCUUGUCUCUUGGACUGUGCUUAUCUCGGGACUUUCUCAGUAUGGCCAUGUGGAUGAGUGCUUCCUUAUAUUUUCGAGAAUGUUGGUAGAUCACAGGCCAAAUGAGUUCACAGUUGCAAGUUUGCUUACCUCGUUUGGUGACCAUGAUGGUGAGCGUGGGCGGCAGAUACAUGGGUUUGCCUUGAAAAGGUCACUAGAUGCUUUCGUUUAUGUUGCAAAUGCUCUUAUUACCAUGUAUAGCAAGAGUUACUCUAAAGGUGGCGCUUUUAAUGAUAGUAAAGAUGAUGCUUGGACUAUGUUCAAGAGCAUAGAAAAUCCCGGCCUUAUAACAUGGAACUCGAUGAUUGCAGGGUUUUGUUUCCGAAAACAUGGAAAUUGUGCUGUCCAUUUAUUUAUGCAAAUGAAUCGUCAAGGAAUUGGAUUUGAUCGUGCAACACUUUUAAGCACUUUGUCUUCCUUAAGUCUCUGCAAUUGGGAUGAACUUGAUCUUGGUUUGGGCUUUUGUCGUGAAUUACACUGUCAAGCAUUAAAAACUGCUUUCACAUCAGAAGUUGAAAUAAUUACUGCAUUGUUAAAAACUUAUGCUGAACUUGGAGGGGACAUUGCGGAUAGUUAUAGGCUUUUUAUUGAAGCAGGAUAUAAUCGGGAUAUAGUUUUAUGGACCAGCAUCAUGACAGCUUUUGUAGACCAUGACCCUGGGAAAACACUUUCCCUUUUUUGUCAGUUCCGACAAGAAGGCUUAACUCCAGAUGGACACACUUUUUCGAUUGUAUUAAAGGCUUGUGCUGGAUUCCUAACAGAGAAGCAUGCUUCAACAUAUCAUUCACUGCUAAUUAAAUCUAUGUCUGAGGAUGACACAGUCCUUAACAAUGCCUUGAUUCAUGCUUAUGGGAGGUGUGGUUCAAUUACUUCAUCCAAGAAAGUAUUCAAUCAAAUGAAACAUCACGAUUUGGUUUCUUGGAACACAAUGAUGAAGGUCUAUGCUGUCCAUGGCCAAGCUGAGAUUGCUUUGCAGCUUUUUUCAAAGAUGACUGUGCCACCUGAUUCUACUACAUUUGUCUCUCUUCUUUCAGCAUGUAGCCAUGCAGGGCUCGUGGAAGAAGGGACCAAACUUUUUAAUUCAAUUGCAAAUUAUGGACUUGUUUGCCAACUAGAUCACUAUGCUUGCAUGGUUGACAUUUUGGGGAGAUCUGGUCGGAUUCAAGAGGCUGAAGAUUUUAUAAGUAAAAUGCCUAUAGAACCUGAUUAUGUUAUUUGGAGUUCAUUCCUGGGAUCAUGUAAAAAGCAUGGCGCAACACAAUUGGCCAAAUUAGCAUCUGAUAAAUUGAAGGAGUUAGAUCCUAGCAAUUCCUUAGCUUAUGUGCAAAUGUCAAAUCUAUAUUGCUUAAGUGGUAGCUUUUAUGAAGCAGACUUAAUUAGAAUGGAAAUGAAAGGGUCUAGAGUGAGAAAGGAACCUGGAUUAAGUUGGGUAGAAAUAGAAAAUCAAGUACAUGAGUUUGCAUCUGGAGGUCGCCAUCAUCCAGAGAGGGAGGUAAUAUGCAAUGAACUUGAAGAGCUCAUUGGGAGGUUAAAGGAAAUCGGUUAUGUGCCCGAGACAAGCUUAGCGAUCCAUGAUGUGGAACAAGAGCAAAAAGAGGAGCAGCUAUAUCAUCAUAGCGAGAAGCUGGCUUUGGUUUUUUCUGUAAUGAAUGAUAACAACUUGGGUUGUGUCAGUACUCCUAUAAGGAUUAUGAAAAACAUCCGAAUUUGUGUAGAUUGUCAUAAUUUCAUGAAGUUAGCUUCAAGGCUACUUCAGAAGGAGAUUGUCAUUAGAGACUCUAAUCGUUUUCAUCAUUUCAUGGCUGGUUUAUGCUCGUGCAAUGAUUAUUGGUAGUCAAUAGGCGUCAAACAUUCAAAUACCCAAGUAUCCAUCUGCAUUCAUUCAUAAUUUUUUACCUCCAAUAUGAAUAGGAUAAAGUUGUGUUCUACAUUGACACUUGUAUCAAUAAUCUCUCAGUUCCUUCAACAACUGAGCAGCAAACUUUAGAAGGUGAAGAUGUGGUCGGUCCUGGUUCCUACUUCUUGUUGAAGUAUGGUACCACAGUUUCUCAAGUACAUACAAAAAUUUGGUUCCAUAUGAAGGUUGUAGCCACAGUACCGAGUUGAACUGUAAGGGAUACUUUAAGCAGGUAAUGGGUAGACUAUUUGUUAUCUACAGGAUAACAUGCCUUUCUUUAGGUCAACCAUAGAUGAUUUACUGCUCCAUGAAGGAUAAGCAGUCAUUUUCGUAUUCAAGUAUUGAUCCUUGUCGAACAUCAGAAAAGAGAAAAAGUCAAACCCCUGCAGCUUGUUAUCAUUUUUAAGAAAGAAUAGAAAAGAACAAAAAAAACCAAGACAAGAUGGAUAGAGGAAAGACUACCAAUCAUUAUGCCUUUACAAAUCUGCAACGAAAAGCUUCUCCAUUUG